AUGUCACUGACGGCUUCUAAAGCCACAGAAAAUGAGCAGGGAGUGCGGCCGAACGAGCAGAGUUGGCUACGCAAGUGGAGCACUGCUGACCGCUGCGGUUGGGCAAGAGAGAGCGAAAAAGGAGGGGCCAUUCGAGACGAGUCUGAAGGGGAAAACUUUAAUUACUCCUCUCGUGUCUUCGGCCAAAUGAUCCUGAAAACCAGCCUCCACCUCGGCCAACUCCUACACUCGCCGACCCACUCCCCUGUCGGUCUCGGAUACCGCCGAGCCUGUAGUUGCUCCAUGCCCCUGUAUCUGGCCUGGCCAGCGUUGCUUUUAUCACUUUCCCACUCGUUGACAAAACUACACUGA